GUGAGGGACUCGGCCCAGUCGUUCCUGACGGUGCAGGUUCCUCUCUACGUGUCGUAUAUCUACGUAACAGCUCCCAGGGGCUGGGCCUCUCUGGAACACCACACUGAAAUGGAGUUCUCUUUCUUCUACGACACCGUGCUCUGGAGGACAGGCAUCCAGACAGACAGUGUUCUGUCAGCCAGACUCCAGAUCAUCAGGAUCUACAUAAGAGAAGAUGGCCGUCUGGUCAUCGAGUUCAAAACACACGCCAAGUUCAGGGGCCAGUUUGUCCCAGAACACCACACCCUGCCUGGCCACAAGUCCUACCUAAUGGUCCCGGACCACCUGGGGGGCAUAGAGUUCGAUAUGCAGCUCAUCUGGAGCGCCCAGUCCUUUGACUCUCCGUACCAGCUCUGGAAGGCCACCUCCUCUUACAGCAGGAAGGACUACUCCGGUGAGUACACAGUGUUUCUGAUCCCAUGUACCGUGCAGCCCACCCAGCCCUGGACCGACCCUGGAGACAAGCCUCUGUCCUGCACAGCCCACGCCCCAGAGAAGUUCCAGUUACCUAUAGUCUUCCAGCAGACCAACCUGCCCUCCCUCCCUCCCUCCCCUCCUCAAG